GGGGCAGGACACCGAGAAAACAAACGAAGGUGACGUCUAAAUGGCCUCGGCGUCGCGGCGGGGACGCGAGGCGGCGGGUCGUGCGCGCCGCGGUGUUCAGAUGACAGGUGGCGGCGUGCUGGGCGGGCAGGGCGUGCAUUGAGCGGGGCGGCGUGCAGCGGGCGGGCUGGGCGUGCGAAGACAUGAAUGUAGUGGCGUGCAAGUGGCAGGUGGCAAACGCUGGCCGAAAAGUUCGUGUGGGCGGCAGCGUGCGGGGCGGCGGGCCGCUGGGUGGUCGUGACCCGCCUCGGGCCGCUGGUGCGGUACUGAACCUCCUGAACCGCCCAGGAAUGUGCCCUGUCCCUCCCCGGCCUUCCCUGCCCGCCGCCACAUCGGGCUGUGACCUCCACGCUGACCUUCAUGACCCGGAGGUGGUCCAGGCUCGUGUGUCCCCGGGGCGCCCCUUGGAGCAGCGCUAUAUCAGAGGGUAAGGGAGUGUCGGGCAGCCAUACGAUAUCCUACCCGUGUCUUCAAUUAGUGGUUAGUGUUGACGAGGAGGCUCCCUGGUGCCCUGCCGCGCGCCUUGCCCUCCCUGGCUGCGUAAGCACCAGAGCAGGUUGGGUCGAGUUUCAUGCGUGUGGGCUGAGCGACCUCUCCCACAUCGAGGGACUACAGGAGAAGUCCCAGUGUGCCCUGGAAGAGUACUGCAGGACACAGUACCCCAACCAGCCCACUCGGUUCGGAAAGCUGCUGCUUCGCCUGCCCUCGCUGCGCACCGUCUCCUCCACUGUCAUAGAGCAGCUCUUCUUCGUCAGACUGGUUGGCAAGACUCCCAUUGAGACCCUCAUCAGGGACAUGCUGCUCUCAGGAUCGACCUUCAACUGGCCCUACAUGGGCAGCAUGUGACAGGCGGCUCUGGGCACGAAUCCAGGCCUCACUCCCGGAAACGUGCCCACCUCAGCCGCCUCCCAUGCCCUCUCCUCCGCCGCCCACGCCCUCACGUCCGUCGCUCAUGCCCAGACUUCGGCCCACACACACACUCCACCGGUGUCCUCCUUCCAGCUCCCCACACUUUCCACAACCUUUCGGUGAUGAACCGCUGAGGGAAGUCCCUCCCAUCCUCCGCCACCACCCUCACCACCCCCCCUCUCCCCUACGCCCACGCAGGGCGGCAGGGAUGCUGGGCCUCUCCAGCCCUCAGUGCGGGGAUUCAGCGCGCCCAUGUCAACGAAGAGAUUCCUCCCUCCCAUACUGCACCCCAGCAUGAGUAUGGUGCAAGUCGCAGGAUUCUUCCAGUUGCUGCCGAGGUGGGAAGACGGGGUGAGAGUGGAGCCGCGGCGCCAAGACACCUAGUGGGGCGCGGGAGGAGGCAGUGGAGGGCGGCUGCUGUGCUGCGGCGGGGCGGGGUGAGGAUGCAAGACCCUGCUAACACAGUCCACGCAGCCACCACAGACUGGCGUCCACCCUGCGCUGACACUCAGUGGUGGCAAGACUCCGGUGAUCCUACUACUAAUACUACCACUGCAGACGUUCAGUGACCGUUGCCAAUGGGACAACCUAACGUUAUGAUGUUAAACGAGUUUGUGAAACACAAUGACAAACGUUCCGCGAGUUACGCAGGGAAACAAACUAAAAACGACGAGUUUGGUAUUUUCUUCAAAGACGACCAAGCGCGAGGAACAGGUGCUGGUAGGGGUGGCUCGCGUGGCACCAGAUGCGAAGCCCGCGGCAGCUGCCCCGCGAAUGUGAUACAUGCGUGCAGGACAACACCAACGUCACACUGAGCAGUUAUCUUUUUUUUCGGAUCUGUAUAUUUUGUAUAUAUUACAAUGUAAGUAACUUUUAUACUCGGGUCGAGGUGCGUGGCCAGUCGGCAGCACCUCCACGUGUACAGAUGACCUGCCGCCCUGGCCUUCGCUGCACGCCCGAUCGCAGGCCCGGCCCACGCACACGUCACCAUGUAUGUCCCUCUCUCACAUUACUCCACACACACACACACACACACACACACACACACACACACGAGGGCUGACAGCGAGGGCGGCGACGGAAGCCAGGGCGGACACGCUAGACCAGGUGUUCUAGCCAUUGUCCCGGUAUGGUAGAUUUUUCCCUGUUUUGGAAGGCAGAGUUGGGGACAAUCUCAAAUUUUGUACUGACCUUCAUCCCAAAACCCAUCCAGAUCACGUGUCUCACUGUUAAGAUGUCCACCGGCGGGAAGCGGCAGGAAACACUUGACUUGUGGUCCUGAAUUCCACUGUAAAGAUUUGACGAAUCUGAAUCACAUAUCCAAUGAAUCAAAACAUACAGCAGUAGAGUGCACAAGACAGGAUGUGUUCUGCACUCGUCCGCCCCAGCCCCCCGCGGCCCGCCUGCCCACCCCGGGGGACGCCCAUCCGCUCUGCAUCUCUGGCUCAGUCUGCCGAGGCUAGCAGUCUUCUCAGCCUCCCUCCAGCAGUCGCUGCAAGGGUGCUGACGCUCGGGCAGUCUCGUGCGGUGGCGGGUGCGGGCGGCGGCGGGGAGGGGGAGUGGACCCACCCUGGGCAGGCACCACCACUGUGUGCUAAAUGUUUUGUCUGUAGCCUCGCCCCUGUGAGGACGCGCGAGGCUGCAGUAAGGCUCCGUGCGUGCGGGGCCGCCAUGUGUGCAGGUGCCGCCGUCAGGGGUACAGAUACUUCUACCAAGGGUACAAGUGCCGCUAUCAAGUAUACAGGUGCCGCUACCUAGUGUACGGGUGCCACCGCGUGUACAGGUGCCACCAACAAGUGUACAAAGAUGCACGGACGGGGCUGCACAGCGUUAGUAACACUUCCUCCAGAGGCGUGUUAGCCCACCACUGCGUUGGCAGCGCUGCCCGUGUGAGCGUCCUAGGUGUGUGACAACCGUGACGUCAUCCAUGUUGUUUGUACUUAGGCUACACAGGUGUCGUAGACACAAACAGUACGUUUUCUCUUAAAUAAAUGAUCUCAAAAA